AGGGGCAGUGAUUCAGCCCCAGUAAGGUAGGGAAGGGGCAUGGCGGGUUGUCCACGCCUGAGCUUACCGGGGCUGUUUGUGCUCCUAAUCGCUGCAUCCCUAACACAUGGCCAAAGCUGCCCACAGAGCUGUGACUGUAUCCCUCAUCAGAGAGCCGUGAUGUGCCAGAACAAGCGUCUGGGCUCUAUUCCUGGAGGCAUCCCGACUGACACAUGGCUGCUGGAUCUGAGCGGCAACAGUUUGCGCUGGGUGGAAUACAAUGACUUGGCGACUCUCUCGAGACUUGAGGAACUAGACUUGAGCGAGAAUCUCAUCAGCGUGUUGGAGCCUAAUGCCUUCUCCAGCUUGCUUAACCUGAGAGUAUUGCGUAUGCGAUCCAACCAGCUUAAACUCGUGCCCAUGGGUGCCUUUUCACGUCUCACCAACCUCACCACUCUGGACCUAAGUGGGAAUAAACUGGUUAUCCUGUUGGACUUCACCUUCCAGGACUUGAAGAACCUCCGCAAUUUGGAGGUUGGUGAUAAUGACCUGGUGUACAUUUCAAACAAGGCUUUCCUAGGACUGGUGGGGCUCCGGGAGCUAACCAUCGAGAGGUGCAAUCUGACCUCUAUAACUGGACAGUCUCUUUCCUACCUUCGCGGCUUGGUGACUCUUCGAUUACGCUACCUCAGUAUCGCUUUGUUGGAAGAGCAGAACUUUCAUAAACUUGGUGGACUGCGGGGUCUUGAGAUUGACCACUGGCCCUUCCUUGAGUACAUCUCUCCACACAGCUUCCAAGGUCUCAACCUUUCUUGGCUCUCGAUUACCAACACCAACAUUUCCACCGUGCCUACGGGAGCCCUUCGCAACCUAAUUCACUUGGCAAGCCUCAAUCUGUCUUACAACCCCAUCUCAGUUCUUGAGUCCUGGGCCUUGCGGGAUCUUGUCCGCUUGAAGGAACUGCACCUAGUUGGUACAAACCUGACAUCAGUGCAACCCUACGGUCUUGGAGGCCUGCAACAGAUACGAUUGCUCAACUUGUCAAACAAUGGAUUAGUGACCCUAGAGGAGGGAUCCUUCCACUCAGUCAACACGCUGGAGACAUUGCGUGUAGAUGGCAAUCCUCUGUCCUGUGAUUGCCGCCUACUGUGGAUCCUGCAGCGCCGGAAGACCCUCAACUUUGACGGAAAGUCACCUGUUUGUGCCACACCUGUAGAACUGCGAGGAAAAGCACUCAGUACCUUCUCGGAUUCUGCACUCUUUGACCAUUUCACCUGUCAGCGGCCUAAAAUUCGCAACCGCAAACUGCAACAGCUGACGGCUCGUGAAGGUCAGGUGGUGUCAUUUGUGUGUCGAGCGGAAGGAGACCCAACUCCGGUGAUCUUUUGGAUUUCACCUCAGCGCCGACGUAUCACUACCAAGAGUACUGGGCGAGUGAUUGUCCUACCUGAAGGUACGCUGGAGAUCCGUUAUGCCCAGAUAACAGACAGCGGGACUUAUAUCUGCAUUGCAAGCAAUGCUGGUGGCAACGACACCUACUUUGCCACCCUAACAGUCAGUGGUUUGCCAUUGGAUGCUGCUUUGGCAGCCAAUCGCACCUACUAUGUGGGAGAUCUAAAUGACACAAACUUAAACGACACACGUGUCUUCCUAAAAUUCACAUUGGACCUCAAGACCAUCCUGGUGUCCACAGCAAUGGGCUGCAUCAUGUUUUUGGGUGUUGUGCUUUUUUGUUUCAUUCUCUUAUUUGUGUGGAGCCGAGGACGAGGUCAGCACAAGAACAAUUUCUCAGUUGAGUAUUCAUUCAGAAAGGUAGAUGGUCCCGCUGCCAGCGGGGGUCAAGGAGGGGCCCGAAAGUUCAACAUGAAGAUGAUAUAAAAUGGGCAUACUAUCAGUUUAAAGGAGUUAACCGCACAUUAUUGUUAUUUCAAACUGAAAUACAUUUCUACUACCAGUCCUGCAUGACUAUGGGUUCGGAUUUUAAGACAGAGGGUUUUAAUGGGAGCAAUGAAUAAUGUAGUUGCUGAGGGGUGAUUUCCAUCAGCAGCUAUUUAUAAUCUAUCCUUACUUUUGGUGUCUUGGGAUAUUUUACAUAUUUAUUAAGACAUUUAUGAUGAAUUACGUACUUCCAGCUGGCAUUAGGUACCCGUUUUCAAGCUUGUAGUGAUAUAUAAUGACCAUUACAAAUUUUCUACAGAACAUGUAAUUCUAAAAUGAAAGUUCAAUUAUGCUCUUAAUGUUAUGGAGGUUGUUGUGAGAAAAGUCCAGAAUGAUUUAGAUUAUAAUUAUUUACAGAGGUGCUUUCUGCUUGCCAAGAAAUUGCCAAUGCCCUCAAAAGUAAAAAAAAACGUACAUUAUUGCAUUUUGCUAGGCAAUUUAAUUUAUAUGCCCAGUAGUUUGUAGGCAAUAAAGUGGGCAUACACUUCACACUGCCAAUUUAACAAGGAUUUGUUGUUGGAUUAGCCCCAAAUCUUAGCUUGUUAAACACUUUGUCGGAAACAUGAGAUGCUAGCAGACUGUUUAAAAAGUUAAAACUGUUUAAUUAUACCUUACUUAAAAAGUUAGUUGAUUUAGUUUGCUAUGGAUAAUAAGGCUACCGAGUGCUUCUAUAUUACACUGCCACCUACUUCUGAGUCAUGCCUGCAUAAAGUUACACACACACACACACACACGCAUACAAAGGUACAGUAGUAACAAUUUAAAAGCACAUUGUCUUUAUAAAAACAUUACAUAUUUAUCAGCUAAAUACCAAUAGCCUCAGUAUCUAGACUGGGUUUAAGACAUUUUGUAUUUUAUUGUAUAUAUAUGGCUGUUUUGUGUGUUCAUUAUGGUGCCCUGUUCUCAUGUUAAGUAAAUUAAUGUGAAAUACUUUUAUUCAAUAUAAAAUGUUCUUAAUAAUGUGUGAAAACUCUUAAAGAGUUACUGCUUUAAACAAAACAAAAACUUUCUUAGCAUUUUAUUACAGGUGACUUUCAGUUGUUGUAUGUCUUUACACCUCUUCUAUGUACGUGUAAGUGUGUUUAAAAGGGAAUGUCAGUCUCAUAACUUAUUUUAUGCUCAUUUGCAUGAGUGUACAGUCAAAGAUAGCUUUUUAUGCACAGGCCACUGAUCCUUUGAUCCAUCCAGGAGUUCUUUCGCGUACAUUGUCUGUUUUUAAAUAGCAUUUAUGAUGAGUUAGACCUUGCUCAAGUGCUGCCGCUUAAAAUGAAACAGGAAGGCACUUUACAAAGCUGUUCUGCUGCCCCCUAAUGUUAAAAUAGGACAGUUUAAAGACCACAGGGUAUCAGUCACAACCUUAUUGCCCUCUACCGAUCAAUAUCUAUUUAACACAAAGCUUAAAUUAAUUCGAUUAUGAGAUGUUUUGUUUGAACAGAUCAAUUGCGCCCUGUACUGUCGUAUUUUAAGCAGCAUUGUAUGUACAUUGCAAACUGCCAGAAUUUCUCAAUAACUACUGUAAAACUGAUUAAAAGAAGCUUUUUGAUAUUUUUUGUAAAAAGUCAUUUUACAGUUUUAUUCGAUGUAAAUUAAAUAAAUGGAUAUCCACAGCAUUUUUAUGUUCUGGAUAGUUUUAUUCUUAAAUAUGUUAAGCAUAUUGUUCUUAUA